UCUUGGUUGGCUCAAAAUCGAGACGCCCUUUGGGAGAGCCAAGUUUCAAUUUUAUUUCAACCUCGUAGAAGCAAAUCCAUUUGAAGCCUCUGCUUUCUGCCCUGCUGCCUCUGCCACUCAAAGCCUCCAACUUUUUAAGCUUCCUCCUCCCCCACUAAACUCAAUUCCAAGCUCUCUCUCUCUCUCUCUGUCACUCUCCAAUGGAGGCUUCUUCUGCAACAACCAUGGCUUUGAGAGUUUCCUCCUCCUCUUCUUCUUCUUCGUCUUCUUCCUUCUUCUCCAUCUCCCCAAACCACAAGCCCAACUCACUCCCUUUGAAGUUCAGCACUUUCAGACCUCCUCAACCAACCCUCCUAAAAUCUCUCAAAUGCAUCCAAACCCCGCCUUCCAAUUCGAACCAAUUAAAGCAGCCUCCCAAAAACCCUAGCCCUGCCUCCCCCUUCUCCUGCUCUGCCCUUACCCUCUCUUCCCCUCAAACCACCGAGCUCGUCCCCUGCAAGCUCCAAACUUUGAUCUCUGAGUUUCAAGCUUUAUCUGAGCCGAUCGAUAGAGUUAAGCGCUUAUUGCACUACGCCACUCUCCUCCCUCCGUUCGACGAUUCGGACCGGGUCGAUUCGAACCGGGUCAUGGGCUGCACGGCCCAGGUGUGGCUGGAGGCCAAGAUGGACAAGGAGGGCAGGAUGAGAUUCUCGGCGGACAGCGAUUCGGAGAUUACCAAAGGGUUCUGCUCGUGCUUAGUCUCGGUGCUCGACGGCGCGUCGCCCGAUGAGGUCUUGAUGGUCAAGACUGACGACUUGUCGUCGCUGAAUGUCGGCUUGCCGGGUGCACAGAGGUCUAGGGUUAAUACUUGGCAUAAUGUGUUGGUCAGUAUGCAGAAAAAGACCAAGGCUUUGGUCGCCGAGCAACAGGGUAGACCGCCGUUCGAGCAGUUCCCUUCGCUCGUCAUCACCGCCGAUGGGAUUCACGCAAAGGGUAGCUUCGCUGAAGCCCAGGCGAGGUACUUGUUCCCUGAUGAGUCUAAGGUUGAGGAACUUGUUAAUGUGUUAAAAGAAAAGAAAAUUGGCAUUGUUGCGCAUUUUUACAUGGACCCGGAGGUCCAAGGUAUAUUAACUGCUGCACAGAAGCAUUGGCCUCACAUCCAUAUAUCUGAUUCUUUAGUCAUGGCGGAUUCAGCUGUGAAUAUGGCAAAAGCUGGUUGCGAAUUCAUUACAGUUUUGGGUGUUGAUUUUAUGUCCGAAAAUGUCCGGGCUAUUCUUGAUCAGGCUGGCUUUGAAAAGGUUGGCGUCUACAGGAUGUCAAAUGAACGUAUAGGUUGUUCUUUGGCAGAUGCUGCAUCUAGCCCUUCUUAUAUGAGUUAUCUUGAGGCAGCUUCUAGGUCUCCUAAUUCGUUGCAUGUUGUCUACAUUAACACUUCUCUAGAGACAAAAGCAUAUGCUCAUGAGCUUGUGCCAACAAUUACGUGUACUUCUUCAAAUGUUGUACAAACCAUUUUGCAGGCUUUUGUUCAAGUGCCUGAUGCAAACAUAUGGUACGGACCUGAUUCUUACAUGGGUGCAAAUAUUAGAGAAUUACUCCAGCAGAUGACUAAGAUGACGGAUGAAGAAAUUGCUGAGAUACAUCCAGAACAUAAUAGAGACUCAAUCAGAUCUUUGCUACCUCGCCUGCAUUAUUUUCAGGAUGGGACAUGCAUAGUACAUCAUUUAUUUGGAAAUGAAGUUGUGGACAGGAUAAAAGAAAUGUACUGUGAUGCGUAUCUAACUGCUCAUUUCGAGGUCCCUGGAGAAAUGUUUUCUUUGGCAAUGGAAGCAAAGAGAAGAGGAAUGGGGGUUGUGGGCUCUACCCAGAACAUACUAGAUUUCAUAAAACAGAGGAUUCAGGAGGCUUUGGAUAGAAAUGUCAAUGAGCACCUUCAGUUUGUGUUAGGAACGGAAUCUGGAAUGGUGACUUCAAUUGUCGCAGCAGUUCGUGGUUUGUUAGGUUCUGCAAGGUCUGGGGGAGCAGAGAUUAAUGUAGAAAUUGUAUUUCCAGUUUCAUCUGAAUCGGUGACAACAUCAUCAAAUGCUUCCCCAGGCCUUAAAUCUGUUACAGUGGGCAAUGUCAUACUUCCUGUUAUACCUGGAGUUGCCAGUGGUGAGGGAUGCUCCAUUAAUGGCGGCUGUGCAUCCUGUCCAUAUAUGAAGAUGAAUUCUCUCAGCUCCCUCCUGAAAGUUUGCCACCACCUGCCUGAUGAGACGAAUUUUGCUCUUUCCGCAUAUGAAGCUGGCCGAUUCAAACUGCAAACCCCCAAUGGAAAAUCAGUUGCAGAUGUUGGGUGCGAACCGAUUUUGCACAUGAGGCACUUCCAGGCCUCUAAAAAACUGCCAGAGAAGCUUAUUUCCCAUAUUCUUCAUCCGUCUGGUAAUGGGAGCUCAUCGGUAUUAAAUUGAGUCAAGCUUGGCCACAUGAAAUCAGCCUGGAUUAGCAAGGCAGAUUCUGAAUCCUGAGGAAGGCUUCCUUGAAGCAAAGCUUUCAUUGCCAGAACUUUGUUGUGCCUUCUCUUCAAUUUCUUUUUCAUAAACGGGUCAUUCUGUUUAUCUAGUUUGAUUGCUCACAACAUAGUUCAGUGUUUAUAUCUAUAGGAAUGAAAGUUAUAAUAAAAUUGUAACCCCAAAAAAAAGAGGUUAUAAUAACAGUGAUUGUUAUAUUUAAACUGUAUAGUUGUCAGAACAGUGACAUUCUUGAUUGAUUAACAUGGAUUUUAGAUUCCCC